CAGGGUACAAAUUUAUAAAUGGCAGACUCUGAGCUACCUUCUGAUGUCCAGCCCCCAUCUGACAUCCAGCUGGCAGAACGGCAUAUAGAACGUCCAAGUAAGGAGGUGGUAUUCAUGCUGCUCGCAUGGUGGCUGGAGUACUCCCCAGAUGCCAAAGAUCCUCCUGAUAUCACUGACAUGGUGGAGGGAGAGGAAAUUGUCAAGAAAUAUAAUAAGCUAGGUGCUCUUAUAGUGACUCCUGAAACGCGUGUUCUAGCCAUGGAUUGUACUCGAGGGGAGGCGCAUGUUGUGCAAAAGUUAAUACUGCUUUGUCGUACGAAUGGUUGGAUGUUGGACGGAUGUGUCCUUUAUACAAGUAGACUACCAUGUUCACACUGCACAAAGCUUAUGGUUCAGGCAAAACUGAAGAAAGUGUAUUGCCUCCCAAUUGAACCUGAACUGUAUGACCCAAAGGAGUUUAUUGAUAGUGACAGGAAAGCUGUUGAUAAACUUUAUAGGAUAAAUGGACUCGGAAUUUCUUAUUUGACACCUAAUGUGACAAAUCUCAAGGUUUCGCCAUCUGAAGAGAUAUUUAUUAAUGUCAGAACUCCGAAGUAUGAACUAAAGAGGGAGCUGUUGUUUGAUGAAGAGUUCUAUAGAGAUGAGGAAGCUGCAGGUAGUUCAGUCAAUGCAGGAAAAUGGAAGGAAGGUCACCUUAAACGGUGUAAAGAAGACUUUGCAAAGGCAGCUCGAUGGUUAUCAGACAAAACUUUUGGUGAAAUACCCAAAGAUAUACACUUUGCUAAUAGGUCUGCAAAAGCCAUGCAUACACUACGAAUGGCAAAUAUACUGGUUCUGAGAUCAGAUGACCCCAAAACAGGUGUGGGUGCAGUUAUUACUAAGGGAGACUCUGAGAAUGAGGUGUACUGUGGCCUGGGGUGGAAUGGUUUCCCUCAAGGUGCUCAGCAUUCAGACUAUCCCCGGGCUGCAGAGAAAACAGACGUGCACCAUGAGAGGAAGUACCCCUAUGUUGUGCAUGGAGAAAUUAAUGCAUUAUCCAAUGGGAGAAACUGGCAUUAUGUGCCAGGCGACUUCAAGUCCUAUCAGACAAAAAUACCCUGUGAUGACUGCACCCCAGUACUCUAUGAGAUGGGUGUUCGGGAAAUUUACCAUCCAUCCUCUGACAGCAAGAAGCGGCAGAAGAGUGGUAUAGGCUACAGUAAAAUACAGGAAUAUUGCGAAAAGAAAAAGAUUAAGUGUUUUGAGGCAACAAAAUCCGAUAAACCAGGAGAAAAAUGA